CGAUCGGCGAUUCACGCGGCGGUACCGCUUGCGGUACUCACCAAGUGAAAGCAAGCAACGAUCGCGGGGGCCCGCAACGGUGGUCCCAGGUCUUCGGGCCCGUACAGUCAGUCCGAGGUGAGCUGGGAGCUGGCAUGUCGAGUGCCGUGCACCGCGAGUUGUCAGUGAGUUGUCAGCAUCCCUAAAUCACGCAAACCCGGGAUAAUCACCCCGUUCCGCGCGAUCCGAUUCCGAGAUUUUAUAUGAUGAGAUCAGAUUGAGCGCAAUGACAUCGAGAUACUUCGUGUUUGCUGUAGCUUUAGCGUAUGUUGCAGUGUCUGGUGCACAAGUUUUCGAGAGUUAUUCGGUGGACCCAGCCGCAACGAUCGAACCAGCCACGAAUAAUGAUUUCAUCACGCAGACAGUCUACGGAUUUCUGGAUUUCACCACAACAAUCGGCAAUACGGUGAUGGUCUUUAGUCCUCAAAGCGCUCCCCCAGAAGGAGACUCCGGUAAGAAGUCCACAUCCUCCACGCCACCGAUUCACACGAAGCCAACGGAACAGCAGCACAAGAAGAAUGUCCCCGACAUCCAGCCCAGCAAGACUCACAAGGUCGAAACACAGGAUGGUGAGACGAAGAAGCAGAUAAAGGGUACAAAAAUUGUCGUAAAUUCCGUGGUCGAGCAGAACGUGGUGAACCCGUCCGAGAAUGCUGCAAUGAAAACGACAAAGAGUCAGGCAACAACGAAGACACCAGUAUUGUCGUCAGUCGUUGAGGUACGUGCCAAGGAUGAAACUCCAGGUGUGAAAAAUAAUCUCGCCGAACCGGAAUACGAUUUUCUCUCGAAACAGCCAACGGAAGUGAUCGAUGAAACCUACAGGUUGAUCAACUUGCGACCCUCGUCGAAGGCUCAUCACAAACCACGAGCCACUGCCCGAAGGGAUAAGGAGAACCCGACUGGUUUGGUGACCAAGCUGGGUGGCACUGUCGUGAAGGAUGGUCUCACCACCGUACAUGAGACCAGCGUAAUCGGCACCUACAUCAACGGCAAAUACGCCCAGGUGUUGCAGAGCUCGUCCAGAAUCCUGACGGAACCGUACGUGCCAGUGAUCGAAGACAAGAUUCAUCCGACCAGCACGAAUCGCAUCCUGAAGACCAUAGGUCCGCAGCAUGGCAAGUUCAAGCCUCAGCUGGAGCCCACUCCUGCCCACCAGCAGCAGGAAGAGUCCUCGCUGCCUUUAGAAGCUCUCUUCAAUGGACCCUCGGGUACCCCAGUGCGAACGACACGAAGACACUCAAUCUCCAGCAAUCAGCCCGUCAGGCCCAAAUUCCGAAAUAAGAUUCCCGAUGACUACGAGAAUAACGAACCGCAACAACAAACGAGGACCGCGAAAAAUCGCGCGACGACGACGCGUCCAAAUUAUAAGAAUCGUCCUAUAACUACCACCAGCACCACAGAGGCGUCGAUCAGUCGUCGUCGCAGCGGUUUCCGACCAAACAAUCAGUCUCCCAGCUCAUUCUCGAAGCAAUCAACCAAGUCGAAGGGCAACGACCAGCAGCCAUCACCGACGGUCAGCCUGCCGGUGCCGAAGGUGAAGCUACCGAGAACGCAAGGUCGUUGGUCGUACAAGACCACGCCGAAGCCGAGGAUUAUGAUUCGCAAGCAAGCGGACGACGAGGAUCUGCGAACGUCUACGACGACCGAGCCGAACACGUCGGAGUCCUUCGUGGUAAUCGCGGACGAACAGAGCAAGACGACGGCGACGACGAGCAACGCGGCGAUCUCGUCCGGCGGCAUCAACGUCGCCCAGAGGAAGGAGUUGUCCUUCGUAGAAGACGAGUUAGAUCCCAGCGAGAGCGAAGAUGUAGCCAGCGUCAGUGUGCAACUGGAUCAGCAGCAGCACGUCGCAGAGCAGAUCCUCCCGAUGGAGACACUCAACGUGGAAAUCUCCACCGCGGCGGAUCUCGACAACGUGUAUUUCGAAAUCGCCACUAUAAAGUCGCCGUACUCUUUCCAGGUGGGAACGCUCCGGAACACCCGCUACAUCACAGUAACUUCUACCAUCAAGAAGACCUUCGCGACGGCCGAACCGACUAGUACCAUCUCACCCACCGAACCGCUUACAGAGAAUAUCCUAGCGAACACGGCGGCCGCCUACGAAUCGACUCUGCCGCUCGAUUCAUCCGUUGCGACGCUACCAGCAAUUUCCUUGGAUGCCAGCCAGGCGACGCCGCCGUUAGAGACGCUUACGGAAACGUUCUCGACGACGCAGACGUUGCUGAAGACGCACAUGUUACCGGUGAUCUAUGGCGGCAACAGCACCACUCGCUUGACCUUGGUGCAAACGUACAACAUCGCUCGAGUGGUGACGGCGACGAAGACGCUACCGCCGAUGGAGAUCUACCAAUUCAUCCCGAGCAAGACGCUGAACGAGUUCAACUCGAAGCUCGACGAGGCCGGUAGCGAACUGCAUCUCGAGCUCGACUUUGGCGAUGACGAUCGCGAUGACGAAGAUGUACCCAAAAGAGUGGUGGCGCCUAGCAACGAUCCCGAUUCCGAUCUAGAUAUCUUCAAGUCCACAACACCGUCCAAGGUCAAGAGCGACGUUGCGACCAGCAGCAACGCCGAACCUCAGCUUACUCCGGAGCAAGCUCAACAGUUGGCCCUGCUAAAAUAUUUUGGUCAGCCGCAACCCCAAGUCAUCACCACAUCUAGGCCGGUGGUCGUCCUAGAGACGAUGUAUGAAUCGCAUGUGAUUCCCGUAGUGAGCGCGGGAAAUACCAUUUAUUCGACGUUGUCCAGGCCAAUUAGCACUGUACCUAGGACCUCUUACGAAUACGGCACGUCCACCCUGAGCCCGGUACUGCAGCCGCAGGUGCCACAAGUACCGCUGUUCCCGCAGCAGCCACAAUUCACGGUGACGAGCGCGCCACUGGUCACUCAGACCCUUGCGACCAUAUCCGAUUCUCGGGUGUUAAAACUCACUUUCGGUGCUAAGACUGCUUACACCACCCUCUUCUCCACGAGAGUCGUACCCACGGAACUCACCACCUACAUCACUAACACAGUGCCAGUACAGCCAACGGUACCGGCGUAUCCAGGUUAUUAUCCAGCGCCAGUGCCUUAUCCGCCCUUCCCCUUCCUCGGUUAAAUUUCGAUCUGACCGUCGAACUUUUUGCGGUUCAAUUGCUAUCAUUAAGUAAAUUUGUUCUUUUGCUAUUAAAUUUUAAUUUUGAUGAAUUUGGCAAUUUUAAAUAAUUCUCUUCAUAUGAAUAUUAGUUUUUAUGAUAAACGCUAUGAACAAUAAUGCGAUUGUAAACACAAAUGGUAUAAUUUUAUUUAUUCAGUGGCUUUCUAUAAUGAGCUUGAGAAGUUUUCUGAUAUAAUAUAUUAAUAUAUGUGUAAUAGUAUGUAAAGUAUUUCGGCAAUGCUUUAAAUCAAACAUAUUAUUUCAUUUUCUCUUUUUAUUGUUCGACUUUUCGACGAUCUGAAUAUGUAUAAUUUGAAUUGAAAAAGAAUGAAAAAACAAUCUAAUUACAAAAUGGAAUAAUUAAAAUAACGACAAGCUCUGUGAUAUAUCGAUCUUUUAAUAAAUAUAACUAUAUCAGAAAAUUAUUUUCUAUAAUAAGAUAAUUAAUGAUAUUAUACUUGUCUCUGAAUGAUAAUGUAGUUUACAUACUCAUUAAUUUAUAAUAACUUGUUAAUAAUUUUAUCAUAGAAAACAAUUUUCUGAUAUCAAUUGCGAUUGCAUAAAGGAUCUUUUUACAAUUAAUGCAUUAAAUUACAAAUAUCAUGAUGAUAGAUCUUGAAACGCACUUUUAUUGAGCAUUCCGAAUUAUAUUUAGAUCAGUCGAAAAGCAUCGGACAAAAUAUAUCUGGACUCUAAUUAAGAUAAAGAAAUAAUUAUUACCUUUAAAGAUUGCUACGAAAUCUUAUAAUUAUUAAUUUCCAUGUUAUCAUAUUUAUAAAUAUGUAUAUAUUUUAAAGAUAUAUAUAAGUUAUAUAGGGAAUAUAUAUGUGCAAGCAAUCUUGUAUGCAAAUUUACAUUUAUUUUCUAGUUAUAUAUAGAUUAUGUUAUAGUUUUUUUGUCGAAAUUUAUUAUAAUUUUUUUAGUUUUAUAUUUUAAUUGCGAUAUGUACAGGAUAUAUACGUAGCAAUAUUAAUGUAUAAGUGAUAAUGAGAUACUAAUCUGUUUUCUGAAAUCUUGGAAAGAUCUAAUUAUGUGAAUCAUAAUAUACUGUAUGCUACUUACGAAACAAAA